GCUGGAGAGCGGCGAGCUUCACCCGUAGAGUCCUUCGGGCUGCUGCUGCUGCAGGGGUUGAGGAAGGGGAGGCUGCGCAGGCCAUGUGGCCCACCCUGCGUUACAUGGGUGGUGCCUGCGGUCGGGCCCGAUGCCACUUUGCUAGGGGCUUCCUCCGGGCGAGAGAGCGGGCGUCCGCGGGACCAGGGCUGCUGUGCGGGGGUGGCCGCAGCUCCAGCACCAGCUCAUUUGAUAUAGUCAUCAUCGGUGGCGGAAUCGUGGGGCUUGCAUCUGCCAGAACACUCAUCCUGAAAUACCCCGGACUUUCGAUUGGUGUUGUGGAAAAGGAGAAAGAUUUAGCUCUUCACCAGACUGGACGGAACAGUGGUGUCAUACAUAGUGGAAUUUACUAUAAACCUGAAUCUCUGAAAGCUAAAUUGUGUAUAGAAGGCGCAGCCCUCAUCUAUGAAUACUGUAACCUCAAGAGAAUUCCCUACAGGCAAUGUGGCAAGCUAAUAGUAGCUGUUGAACAAGAAGAAAUUCCCAGACUUCAGGCCUUGUAUGAGAGAGGUCUACAGAAUGGAGUCCAAGGCUUGAGACUGAUCCAGCAGGAGGAGAUAAAAAAGAAGGAACCAUAUUGCAGGGGUCUAAUGGCUAUUGAUUGUCCGUAUACUGGGAUUGUGGACUACCAACAGGUAGCUUUGUCAUUUGCCCAGGAUUUCCAAGAUGCAGGUGGUUCUAUCUUGAAAGAUUUUGAGGUAAAAGAAAUUGAAAUAGCUAAAGAAAGCCCUUCCAGAAGUAAGGAUGAGAUGAAAUAUCCAAUUGCUGUCAAGAAUUCUAAGUCCUCAAAUUGUCCCUUUCCGGGGAGAUUACCUGCUCUUAAAGCCAGAAAAGGGCUACCUUGUAAAAGGAAACAUUUAUCCGGUCCCGGAUAGCCGCUUCCCUUUCCUAGGAGUUCACUUUACACCGAAGCUGGAUGGCACCAUUUGGCUAGGGCCUAAUGCCGUGCUCGCCUUUAAGCGGGAAGGUUACAGACCCUUCGACUUCAAUGCCAGAGAUGUCAUGGAGAUAAUUCUCAAGAGUGGUUUCUUUAAGCUGGUGCUUCACAACUUCUCCUAUGGAGCAAAUGAAAUGUAUAAAGCCUGUUUCCUCAGUGAAACAGUGAAGCAUCUUCAAAAGUUCAUUCCAGAAAUCACCACCAGCGAUGUGCUUCGAGGCCCAGCUGGGGUACGAGCCCAGGCCAUGGACAGAAAUGGGAAUCUGAUAGACGAUUUCGUGUUUGAUGGAGGAACUGGGGAUAUUGGUGAACGUGUUCUUCAUGUGAGAAAUGCACCUUCUCCGGCUGCUACUUCUUCCCUGGCAAUUUCUAGAAUGAUUGCAGAUGAAGUGCAGCAAAGAUUUAAGUUAUGAACAAUGAAAGGAGCUGUGCUGGUGUCAUAUUCCCUACACAAGCAACAAGAACCUACCAGUUGUAUUUUUAAAUUAUAACUUAAGGACGUUAUUUUAAAACCAUACUUUUUAGGCUGUAAGAACCAUUGACUUAUUAACAGGAUGUAACAAUUAAUUUUAAAACUUCAGGUCCAUAUUCUUAUGAGCAAAGAAGCAAAAUGGGUCUGUACCAGUUGUGAAACCUGGACUUUGUUAGAGAUUUACCCAACCCAUUGUGACUUAGGAAAGGCUCUUAUAGAACAUUUGGGAAGUCAGCAUAAGAAAUGGAUUGUUCUCUAAAUCAGUGUUUGGCUUUAUGAUAUUUAUUUAUUUUUCUUUCCUGGAAAAACUAUGUCACAGUGUAUUGUAGGGCAUGACAUUCUUUUAAUAUGAAGAGUCAGGAAAGCUUACAUUAUUUUUCAAUGGUUUUACCUAGAAACUGAAAGUGCUUGAUUUCAAAAAAAUACAUGAAAUUUUGUAUUUCUAA